GCACGCGUUACUCCUUGCACGCCUUCCUGUACCUGGCUAAGCGCGUGUACAUCGAUUGAAAGCUAUCCACGUCAUCAUUUCUCCUUUCCUUCAAUGCUAUCCUACGGGACGCUACGAGCGUGCAUCAGGGUCGAUGGUCGAGCUUUGGAGAGCUAUGGAAUUGAGACGUUUCCAGAAGAAAAUAAAGUGACCUGCUGGAUUGCAUCGGAAGCAGGAAAGACGUUCUCUGUGGUAUGGCAAGAUACCAAUCCUGCACGCCAGUACCACCAAACCGGAGAUGUGACACUCGAUGGUAUAUACGGAGGGGGGCAACUGAUGCGUGCUUUAAACCUCAAUGAGCCAGCAACAUAUCAGAGAUGUACUACGGAAUUCAAACACGUCAGCACGUCGAUGAAUUCCAUUUGUCCGCUUACCUUCUCGAAGCUUCAGCUGACGGAUGAAGAUCAACACCUGAAUUCUGCACAUGCUGGGCUCGGAGAAAUUUCCUUGGCCAUCUGGCCUGUGAAUGUGAUAGGCAUGGGUUACCAAAGAAAUCUAGUACCCACUAAGGGAACGAUGGUUCAUGAACGAUCGAAGAAGGCCUCCAGUCACUGUGUGGGGUUCGGAGAGGAGAUCCGCGUUCCACCGCAGCAGGUAAUUAACGUGGCACGCAUGGGGAUAACCCCAACGGCUACAUUUAUCUUCAGGUACAGGCCAUUUGAUCGACUCGUGGCAGAUGGCAUUGCCCCACCGCUCUUGCAACCUUUUCGGGGAAUCAAGCGUGAAGCUCCUGUAGAGAUACCAGAGUCGGAAGAACACAAGGAUGUGGCAGACUCGGCCAAAGAUGACGAAGCUUUGCGCGAGCUUGAUGCGUUGAAAGCACAGGUGAAAAAGCUCGAGGAAAGAAUAUCUACUAGCCGCGGUGCCAAGAGGGUAAAAAUAGAGUCCAAGGACAUCAUUGAUCCGGCGCGGAGUCAGUGACACGCUGAGGAAAACCUAAUACCUUAUGCAGCGCACACAGCGUAAAUCCGACCUACGUCUUUCUUUUGGACUCUCACUUUGUCACAUUCACAUUCACACUGGCAUGAGAAAACACGCGCAUUGAGGUUUGAUUGUCUUCCGCUCUAUCCAUAUUUCUGCCAACCACAAGGAAAUGCUGUAGAGUGUUGGA